ACUGUCUCUCUCCUCCCACCGGGGAAGCUGUAUUGCAUUUACUACACACACUCAAAGACACACACACACCCUCUCCCCUGUGAGUGUGGGUGAGCGAACAUGUUCUGGUUUUCUGGCUACAAACAAGCGAGACGGCAUCAGUCCACAGGUCAUUAAUGGAGCUGUCCACUGAUAUUCGUUUGGAGCGACAAGAUGAAGCCCCUUCACAUUUGAUCCAGGUGAAAAGCAGCAGCUUCAGUGCCAUCCAGCAGCAGGGCUACUCUGCAACCAUCGUACUACAGAAUAAAGAAAAACUAGAACAGACCCAGCAGAAGUGCAUCGCCACGCUUGCCCUCUUCUGCUGCUCUGCUGUUCUAAUGGUCCUGAUCUUCUCCUCUGUGGACUUCUGGGUAGACAGCGAGGAUGGGAUCACAGAGGAAAACUGCAGCCGAGACUGUAGAAUCGUCGUGGUGGAGAACAUCCCAGAUGACUUCUCUCUCCACAUGGAUGGCAGGCAUCACAUUCCUCUUUCUGUUGCCUUCCAAACAUUACUGGAACAAGCAAAACUCUCAGUGGAGGUGGUGUCAUCUGUCUGGGAUUUAAAUGCUUGGGAUGUGGAGCCAACAUCCAGUGCAGCAGCACAGGGUCAGCUUCUGUUCCAGAGACUGCUCAGGCUGAAAUCUCGUGGGGUUAAACUGAAGAUUGCUAGUAGUCUGACAAACUCUUCUGAGCUGAAAUCUUUGGCAGCACACAAUGCACAGGUUCAUUUUGUAAACAUGACAGCUUUGACUAAAGGAGGUCUACACUCCUCAUUCUGGAUAGUGGAUCGGACGCACAUUUACAUUGGAAGCGCUGAAAUGGACUGGAGGUCGCUGUCUAAGAGGAAAGAACUUGGAGUGGUUGUGUAUAACUGCAGCUGUCUCGCCCUGGACCUCCACAGAGUUUUCUCAUUUUACUGGCAGCUUCACGACAGGGACUAUAUCCCCUCCAUCUGGUCGAAGAGAGUUACAGCCCUCUAUGGAAAACACCAGGCCCUGGAGCUGCAGCUUAAUGCAACGCCGGCUACAGCUUACUUGUCUACCUCCCCUGAACUCUUCUGCCCCAAAGAUCGCACCAGAGAUUUAGACGCCAUCUAUCAAGUCAUCCAGAGCGCAAAGACGUUUAUCUACAUUUCUGUGACCGAUUAUCUCCCUUUGUUAGAAAGGAGUUCCAGAGGAACUUUUGUCACAAGAUACUGGUCAACUAUCGAUGAACUGAUCAGAGAAGCUGUGAUGCUCCGGAGAGUCAAGGUCCGCCUGCUCAUAAGCUUCUGGAAGAAAACUCAUCCCCUUACCUUUAAUUUCGUGACCUCACUGAAAUCUCUCUGCAUGCAGCUUCACAACUGUUCCCUGGAGGUGAAGUUUUUCAGCCACAAGGAGCAGAAUGAUGACUUUCAACUGGGACUCAAUCAUAACAAGUACAUGGUGACCGACAAUGCUGUAUACCUUGGAAACCAUGACUGGGUCGGGAGCGACUUUGCAAUAAAUGCAGGAGUUGGACUGGUUGUCAGAAUGAAGGACAGUGCCAAAGACAGAGGAGCCACAAUCCUAGAACAUAUUAAAUCUUCAUUUGAGAGAGACUGGAGAUCACGUUAUGCAAAGAACCAACCAAGGAGCAAAGAUCAGCAGGGAAAAUACAAACUCUUGCAGUGGUCUAAAAAUCACUGGGAAACCAAGGAGGAGCAUGAGUGGAACGAACCUUUAUAAGUUAAGAAUGUGCAAUAAAACACAUUCAGUUAAAUGCUGUAUAUGCUGAGCACUGCAGAAUUAAAAUGUACAUGUACACUUAUGGAAGUGUAAAUCCAUACUAAUAGACCUUAUUGUAACUUUGUUACAUUAAUGUAAAACAUUCAAUCAAAAUGUAUCUUUGACACAGCUGCAAAAUGCAAGAGUGGCAGCUAAUAUAUGUACUCAGUGAGUUAUAAGCUGGGAUGUUAGAAUGUACUUCUGCAUGAUGGAUGCAAUCAAUAUUCAACUGCACAACAGUAUAUAUGCAAGCAACAUCAUAAGAAGAAUGUGUGCUGUUUCUGAAGCCCAGUAAACUGACCAACUAUA